AUGGCACUACGAAGACCCCAUCGAAAGUCUCGCCAUGGCUGUCUAGAAUGCAAGCGAAGACGAGUCAAGUGCGAUGAAAACCGACCAGUGUGCUCGAAUUGCUCCAAGCGCCACGCGGAAUGCGAAUUUGACUCGAGCAGUUCCCUCCUAUGGGCGAAUGAGGAACCACGCCAUGCAAAGUCGGUUAACUCUGGAAAUGAAGGGCCUCCAUUACCAGAGCCGCCGCAUGGAACUGCCAAUCCAUUUGACUUAUCCGCCGAUGACGAUGAGACAGCUCAUUUCCGUCCCAGCCUCAACCUGGGCGACUUGGAGUUAAUGAUGCAAUGGUGUAACUCGACGUACCAGGUCCUAACCCGCAAUGAAAUGACCGAUCCCGUCUGGCGUCUUCGUGUUCCUGAAGAAGCCUUGUCACAUCCUUUCCUUAUGCACGGAAUUUUGGCUCUUUCUGCCCUUCAUAUAGCCCGGACGAGGGAUGACCACCGUCGUCCGGAAUAUAUCAGUACCGCCGUAUCCCACCAAAACCAAGCAUUAAAAUCUUUCCGAAAACUUCUUGAUGAUAUCAAUGACUCAAACGCAAAAGCCAUGUUUGCACUAUCAAGCGUUAUAGUUGUAUAUGCCUUCGGUUUCCCUCAUUCUCCCGAGUCAAAAGACCCAUGGGCGUGUAUUGACGAUUUCAUUCAAGUUUUGGUAUUAGCACGGGGUGUGGAGCAAGUGCUGAGACAGGCUACGCCGUCUAUCCGAAGUAGCGACUGGGAAAUCCUCCUACGCUUGGACGAAUAUAAUACCUCUCUUCCAAGAGACGCUCUUGACCCCCUCGAACGACUACGUGAGCUAAAUGUUUAUUGUGGUGCACAAGACCCGACGCAUGAUACCGACACCUACAAUAGAACUAUUGACAACCUGACGGAUAUAACAGCUGCAGCCUACGGUGGCUUGACUUCAAUCACUGUUGCCGCGAGAUGGGCAAUCAGAUUGAAACCCAAGUUUGUGAACCAGAUUCGGGAACGUAGCCCUCUAGCUCUCAUCAUUCUGGCGCAUAUUUGUGCGGUUCUUUGUCGCCUGAAGUAUGACUGGUGCAUCGACCAGUGGGUUUCUAGGUUACCAAGGGCAAUAUGGCAUAUCCUGGACGACCGUUGGAAGUCGUAUGCCCAGUGGCCCAUGGUAGAAAUCUUUGGACAGGAUUUCCUCGACGAAAUUGAAGCAGAUUAA